UUCGGCUCUGGGUGUAAAGUUUCAGUGUAUGCGCGGCGUUGAGCGAGGCCGGUUAAGUGGGCUGGUGCGCGCGAACCGAUCCCGCCAGAAUUACGUUAGUGCUUCAAGGGUUGUGUUAACAACCACACAUUUCUCCUCGUCUGAUGUCACUACGAUUAUAGCGAUUCAAAAAGGAGGGAAUGUGUUAGAAUCACCACUAAUCUUGUGCAGUAAAAUAUACCUGCAUCGGAGGCAAGGAAAAAACAGUGACGAAGAGGUCCUGGAAAGGAGAUACUGAGGAAGGAAGAAGGUGUGCCAACGCGGUGUGUCGCUCUGCCCUUACGGAAUCUGACAGGAGCCAUUAAGUUCCUGCUUUAAUGAAACAAUACAUAGUGGAAAGUCGUGAAGUUUGAGACAGCGUCAAGUUACCCUGCGGUCAUAAAACUGUGAUUUCCUUACAGACAGUGCUUUCUUUUGUUUCCCUUACGGCUUCUGCAGCUACAGAAACGUGCAUUUUUCUGAUGAAUCUUUGUGAAUAUAUUGGCCGAGUUUUAAUACGUAUUCUCUAGUCGAGGCAUUAAAGAAAAUUGCAGUGCUCUGUAUCGUAACAGGGACCUCCAUUAAAGGAAAUAUUAAGCAUAUGCCGCUCUCGCUUUGAGCUAAGUAACAUCUGUAAAUCUGCAUUGAUUACCGAAGAAACAAGAUAACUUUCGGAACGUAGGCCUUUCUUACGCAGAGAGAAAAUUGUUGAAUAACCAAGAAAAUAUGUGUGGAGUUCUGUUCGGUAAUGAUUCUGUGGUGUUAUAAUCAUGUGAAAUGCCCUCAUUAUACAUUGAUAGUGUUAGGUUAGGUUUCUUGUUCUAUCCGCGUAUAAAUAGUCAUGUGUCACAAUUCUGAAGCAAUAAAUUAAAAUCGUGGCUGAGGAGCUAUAGAGUGAUUAUUCAAACUACAGAGAUCCAGUGAAAAGAUUCCAUUAUCAUCCGGUGAUAAAUUGUAGGGAAGACAAGCUCUGUUACACUUUUAGCGUGGGAAAGUUGAAGGAUUAUCAUACAAGUAACAAAAUCUCGGAAGCAAAUAUUGGUUCAGGAAGGUAAAAACGUAUCUAAGAUUAUGCACACAGCUGGGUGCUAGAGCGUUUUGUGUUCUUAUAUUUGUUGCGAAGAGAGGAGAGAGAAAAACAGUGAUAAAGCAAGGGAGAAAGAGAAAAGAAAGGGCAUGUUUAUUGUGGGCUGUGAGUAGCAAUGUGCGUGUGAAAUCGCCAUGUUUCUUUUUGCUCCGCGUGGUAUCUGUCGCGACUGUCUGUUGUUUGCCGCCCCGCGAUGAGUGCGUGUUUUGUUUUCGUUGUGUUUCUAUACACGGCCGUGGCGCUAGAAGCAGGGCCACUUCGUCUCCUAAUACAAUAACAAUUUUAAUCGUUUGGUGAUUUUUUAAAAGAAACUUGACGGUGUAAAUAUUCCUUUACACAAAGCAACAGCUGAAUUAUACAAUAACUGUUACCUCCACAUAAGCCAUAUUUAUGGUGGUAAAUUAAUUGAUAAACUCAGAGUCGGUUAUUGUUGUGUUUGGAACUGGCAGUGUUGUGUUAUACAUUUUGGUGGUGCCUCGAAAUCAAGUUCAUCUGAAGUUCGGGUGGUCUGAUAACUUCUGGAAUCGUUACAACUGUGCCGAGAACUCCCUGCUGCAGGAGCUGCAUUAUUAAGGAACCUUGGAAGAAAGGCACGACGAUUUUCAGUACACUCCGAUAUUCUCCUCAGCAAAGCCGGAAAGGAAUAUUCUUCAACGAUGCCUUUACGCCUGGCAGCAGCUGUGCUCAUGAUGGUAUCCUUUGCACCCCUCCAUUGGGGGCAGCAGGUUGCACCCUGCACUUUCAACUCCAUGUGCUCAUGCAAGUUUGGGGAGGGAGACACUCGGGGAAUCCACUUCACGACCCCCAAGUCCCUGGACAGCGUCACUGAUAUCAGCUGUGUUGGUGUGCCCUUCUCCAAACUUCCCGAUUUGCCAGGGGGUCUGGUGGUGCACAUGGACUUGGUGAAGUCGGGCCUGGAGGCGCUAGAAAACGAGGCGAUGGACGGCUUCCAGAUCGAAUCCCUGCGACUCAUGAGCAAUAAAAUUCAAGAGGUUGGCGAAGAGACAUUCAGGUCGAUGGCCCACGUGCUGAAAUCUUUGGACCUCAGUUAUAAUGAGCUUGAUGAGGUCCCCUUCGAGGCUCUGCAGCCCCUCAAGUCACUGGACUGGCUGAACUUACACAGCAAUCAGAUAUCAUCGCUCACGACCCAUGACGGAGAGGGCGAUUGGUCCUCCAUGAGGGACACCCUGACCAACGUGUUCCUUGGGGACAACGACCUCACGGAGCUGCCGAAGAUGCGGACCGGAAGUGGGAACGGCGGCAGUAACAAUAACAAACACCAUAACUGGAACAGAAACAGAAACAGAGGGGGCACAGAUGUGGGAAAUGGCUCCGGUGCCUCGCUCGCUGAAUGCCGCAUGCUCACCUGGCUGAACCUCGACGGAAACAAGAUGAUGGCACUCGAGCCCGGCUCUCUUCCCGAGUCGCUUCAGACACUCAGCGCGUCCCAUAACCUCAUCGCGAGAUUCCCUGCUGAGGCGCUAGACAACCUCCGGGCAUUAGCAUGGCUUUACCUACGUGGGAACUUCUUGGAAGAACUCCCUGACUACACAUUCAAACACCACAAGCGGCUGGACAAGCUGGACCUAGGUGAAAACUCCAUCCAGGCAAUACCUCACAACGUCUUCAACAACUCUAUGACCGUCCGGGAACUGAACCUCGACUUCAACCAUCUGAAGACGCUCCCAGCACAAGCUUUUAGGAGCCUCAGUCCAGGCAGGAUAUACCUAUCCAUGAACAAACUAGAAGGAAUGGAUGACAAAGCUUUUGUAGGGAUUAGUCAUAGUCUGGAGUCCCUUAACUUGGAGCAAAACAACUUGCAAAGAAUCCCAAGAGCAUUAACUCAGUUGAAGAGGCUGAAAUAUCUUUACAUCCCGUCCAAUAAAAUUAGUGAAGUACCAGAAGAUGCUUUCGAGAGUUUCUCAGGGUCAUUAAGAGCACUGUCGCUGUCAGGAAACCAAUUAAGUAAAAUACCAAGAGAAGCGCUGAAAGACUGCAAAAAAUUAUCACAUCUAAACGUAGGUUAUAAUCAAAUUUAUGAAGUGGAUGAGGAAGAUUUUGCUAGGUGGGGUGGUUCGUUAGAUACUUUAAUCUUGCGGAAUAAUAGACUCUCUCGUUUAGAUGCCCAUGUGUUCAGGGAGGCUCCACGACUCCGGGAGCUUAGUUUAUCUUUUAAUAAGUUCAGUGAAGUGGAUCCUGAAGCUUUCAUAGACGUUGCUAAUAGUCUGGAAAACCUUGAAGUGAGUUUUGGGAUGUACAGAGAGGACUUUCCUGAAGACUUCCUGAAACCGCUAAAAUCUCUUCUUUGGCUGGCAUUAGACAACAAUAAUUUUCGCACUAUUUCACCGACUGCGUUAUACACACUUGGCCAACUUCAUUAUUUAAAUUUAGAAGCGAAUCGUUUGGAAUACCUACCACCCCAAGUGUUUCAUCCUAAUGUGCAUAAAAAUCUCCAUGAUGUUAGGUUAUCAUAUAACCACAUUGAAGUGUUGGAUUCAGAAACAUUUACGUCACUUCGUGAAUUAAGGACGGUGGUGCUAUCUGGGAACAGAAUAAGGACAUUGAGGGCAGGUGCUUUUAGUGAUUUACCAAAACUGGUCACUUUAGUAAUAUCUGACAACAAAAUAAACUCUCUUGAACCAAGGUCACUUACUGAGUUGCCAAAUUUAAUAAAGUUAGACUUGCAGAACAAUGAGUUGAAGGAGUUUUCACUGAGCACUUUCUUGAAUGUGACAAGGUUCAUCAUGCCCAUGACGAUAAACAUUUCAAGGAACCAGAUCUCGUCUCUCUAUGCGGGGGAUACAGGUACCCCUCUGCAUGUGAAGACGCUGGACAUGAGUCAUAACAAAGUCCCUGAAGUACCUGUCAAUUUCCUUCAAAGCUUCUCCGAUUCUUUGAGAAGACUCCAUAUGGGAUACAAUAGCAUCAGACGCCUAGAUCCAGUAGCGUUUGGAAACCUGGACCUUCUAGAAGUGCUUACCCUAGAACAUAACGGUAUAGUAACAGUCAGGAAGAAAGCAUUUGAAGGUAUUGAAGCUCUUCAAUUGUUAGAUUUGUCACAUAAUCAUAUUGAACAGUUACAAACUGAACAGUUUUCAAAUUUGGAAAACCUUCGGAUAGUUGAUUUAUCGCAUAAUCAUAUCCGUUCACUAUCUCGCGACGUGUUCCAGAACACGAAACUCGAGCGCUUAGAAUUGGCCAAUAAUGAGUUUGUUGUGUUGCCAAGCAGUGCACUGGGUGAAGUGGGUUUCACGUUCAGAUAUCUGGACAUAUCACACAAUCAUGUGGAGCACUUGGACAGCACAAUGUUCGCAGACACGCCGUACAUACUUGGACUCAACCUGGGACACAACAAGCUCAAUCUUCUCCCUGACAACGUGUUUAUGAACUUAGGAGGUCUACUCAAACUCGACAUCAGCAGCAAUUCCUUAAGGGCAAACUUCAAAGAGCUCUUCCAUUAUGUGCAAAGGCUGAGACACCUCAACCUAGCUGACACGGACCUUAAGGUCACGCCCAAUCUACCGCUCCCAAAUCUAGUGACCCUCAACCUGUCCUCCAACUCCAUUGAAGAGAUGGCACCAACUGCUGUAGAAGGUCUGAAGAAGCUCAGAAGUCUGCACUUGAAUGGAAACCACUUCACAUCCGUUCCGUCUCAGGCCUGGCCCCACAUGCCACUGCUCAAAACCCUGGACAUUUCCAAGAACAGUAUCAAGAUUAUCACCAAGGACAGCUUUGCAGGCCUCAACCGUCUGCAGUCUUUGACCAUCCAAGAUUUGCCGCUGGAACGGUUCGAUGGUGAUACUUUGACCAGACUCCGUCUUCUGACGUCAUUACGAAUUCAGACGUGGCCUAAAAUCGAGAAAUAUCGAUUCCGUCUCGGUAGCGCCUUAUCCAACAUACCCUCACUACGUAAACUCUCAGUUCGUGUCUUGGAAACGUCCCUAACAGACCAGUUGCUGGGGGCAUUCACACCCCGGUUAAGGCAUCUGGAAAUUACAGGUAGUGAACUGAGACACAUUGAUGCUGAAGCUUUCGAGGGCGUAGAGGAGAAUUAUGAACUGGGGUUGCAGAUUAGAGGGACCCAGAUCGAAGAGCUACCUGCCGGAUUAUUUGCGAAGCUCGAGAAAAUACCUCAUCUGUCCCUAGACCUCAGGGACAACAAGUUCUCCUCUCUAAGUCCAGGAACAUUAUACUCCAAUGGGACCAGCUGGGAAAAUGUGGGCACCAGACUCAUUUCCGGGGGACUCAUCCUUAAAGGCAACCCGUGGACAUGCGACUGCGGACUGGUGUGGCUCGGUCAUUGGUUGAGGAGGUAUCUACGGGAAACGAAACAGAUACACACAGUUGUGCUGGAGGGCGCCCUCCAGAUGCACAGCCUCGCCAGGGAGGCCACAUGUACGGAUCCCAGGACGGGACAACAGACCCCAAUCCCAGAUCUGUAUCCCGAAGACCUCAGGUGCCACGCAAGUGCGUUAAGUAGAGGCGGGUCCUCCUCAAGAUGUGCUUUCAGUAGUAGGCAUCAGAGGACGCUGGUAGCGCUGCUACUCAUAUACUGGUGGUCUUAGUGACGUCACGCUUACAGUAACUGAGAGUGAAUGCAACAAUGACACAUAUCAUGGGGGCAAGAGGAACUUCUGACUGAGAAUUACUGUGGAAGGUCUAUGUUGGUGACAUCUAUCUGUCGUUGAAGAAACUAUUACACCUUCCUAAUUAUACAGAUUCGUCUAAUGAGAUGUGUGCGGAAGUAAAAUCGGAGUGGUUCACAGGAAAAUGUUUAGAAGGAACUAAAUUGGAUGUCGCCCUCAGAGAAUAUAUAGAUGUUCUGCAACCAAAUGAAUUCAGUGGUCAAAUUUAUUUGUCAGUUGUUCCUUUCUUAUUAGUUUGUUAUGGAAUUGUAAUUAUGUUGUUUAAGUUUAAUUUGUGACCUGCAAAUGUAAAUAAACAAGCAGCUCAGCUCUAAAAUACGCAGGCAGCUGUAGUAAAAACUGAUCUUUUACAACUUUAAAAUAUACAAGUGUGUUAAAUUAAGUCCACAGACACAGAAAAUAUUUUUAAACGUAGAAAGUUCAAUUACAACAUAUAAUCCCCAAUUCUAAUGUACAGCCCAUUAUGGAGAAUUACAAUAUUUAAUAAAAAUUCUGGAAAUUUGUUUCUAACUUAAAGAAUUCAAUAGUGCAAACUAUGUCACAGAAAAUGUGUUAUUUAUUUUGAAUAACUUGAGGAAUUUCUAAAAUAUUUAAAAAGUCUGAAAAUUGUUGUUAUUUGGUG